UUACCCAAGCAAUACAUUGAUUGCUAUUACCACAAUUACGACCCUCCAUUUCAUUCGCCGCCACUCUACGGCGGAGCUGGCGACGGUAUCUGCACUUUUACACAUUUGCGCGGGAAAACCAAUGGCUGUGAGUGCUUCAGUGGCGACUUCCAACCUCAUUCUGAUGAUAACCAACUAGCUUCAUUCGCAGUGCGCAGCUUCUCUCUUGUUGCCGUCGAGUUCCGACUGCGCGAGAGCAAUCAACUUCCAGUGUUGGGAGCAGAUAGAAACUGCGAAGUUUUUAAGAAGUUGUUUUAUGGCAUAGAGUUUCGUGUUCUUUGAUUCCCAUAUCCUCUGCGCUCUCUUUGGCGAAGCUUGGGAGAUAUUAGGGUAUUUCAUGAACUGGGUUUUUGGCAUUCUAUGAUUUUUAGCCUCCUUUUUCUGAGGGGAAGUUCUGUUUUCAGACGAGGUUUUCAUACGGGUAAGAAGCUUUUAAGUCCAAGCACCGAGGAUAUCAUUUGUAAAGCAAUUUGUGUUAAUUUAAAACAGAGAAGAUGGAAGUUCUUAGAGCAACUAUCACCAAGUCUCACGAAUUCGUUGGUCUGUCGUGUUAUUCGCGAAUUUCGCAACUCUCCACAGUUAGCUUUAGAAUUCUACAACUGGGUUGAGGCAAGAGACAACUUUUCCCACUCAUUAGAAUCACGUUGUACCUUGGUUCACGUUUUAGUCAAUUCCAGAAACUUUAAUGAUGCCUUGUCUAUCAUGGAGAGUUUAAUACAAAAUGGUAAGUCUCCAUUGGAGGUUCUGGGAGGAUUGAUGAAUAGCUACGAAAUUUGUAAUUCAAAUCCUGCAGUCUGAGCACUGGUGAGGACGUGCACUCAGUUAAGGAGCGUGGAAGGUGCAUAUGACGUAAUAAGAAAGUUGAGACUAGAAGGUUUUUGGGUUACGAUUCAUGCUUGGAAUAACUUCUUAAAUCUACUUUUAAAGUUGGGCGAGACUGAUAAGUUUUAGAACAUGUAUAAGGAAAUGAUUGCCAGUGGUUACAGUGAAAAUGUGAAUACUUUUAAUUUGAUUAUUUAUGCUUUAUGCAAUGAAUGUAAAUUACUAGAAGCAAUAUAUGUUGUUUAUUUGAUGCUGAAGAUUGAAAUUUGGCCUAAUGUCGACUUUAAUAUGAUCAUCGAUAAAGCAAAUAAAAUGGGUGAGAUGGAUCUUGCUCUAAAGCUGACAAGGAACAUUGAGGUGAUUUCAGGAGGCAGUGUUUCGCCUAAUAUAGUUGCCUAUAAUUGUAUCAUUAAUGGAUUCUGCAAGAUAAGGAGGUUAGAGUCUGCAAAAAAUGUUCUUGGUGAAAUGAUUAAGCUGGGAAUAGAUUUCAAUGAGAGAACAUAUGCCACUUUGAUUGACGGAUAUGCUAGAAAAGGGAGUUUGGAUGUGGCAUUUAGGUUAUGUGAUGAAAUGGUUGAAAUGAGGUUGAUUCCAGACACUUUUGUAUAUAACUCCCUCAUCUACUGGCUAUACAUGGAAGGAGAAUUAGAAGAAGCUUCUUUUUUAUUAUCUGACAUGAUUAAUAGGCGUAUCCUCCCUGAUGAGUUUACCUACUCCAUCCUUACAAAAGGUCUUUGCGUAAGUGGACAUCUCAAUAAAGCUUUAAGAGUUCACUACUACAUUGUCGAAAGAAGCCUUGUAAGAGAUGCAUUUACUUAUAAUAUUCUUAUCAACUAUAUGUUUCAGAGCCGGAAUAUAGCAGGCGCCAAGCAACUACUGAGCAGUAUGAUCGUUGGUGGUAUCAAACCUGACAUGGUUACUUAUGGCACUCCGGUUGAUGGGCAUUGUAAGGAAGGAAAAAUUGAAGCUGCGGUUCAGAUUUAUGACAAAGCUGUGGUGUAUAAUUCUAUUUUAGAUGGGCUGUGCAAGCAAGGUUCAAUUUAUGCUGCUAAACUCUUGGUAGACAAAUUACAGCAAAAUGGUUUUCUCGAUCCAGUUACCUAUAACACAUUGCUACAUGGAUUCUGCGUCAAUGGGGAGAUCGAGAAGGCUUUUGCACUGUUUUUAGAGAUGAUUAAUGUGGGGAGUUUGGUGAACAUAGUUUCUUACAAUAUAAUGAUUAACUUUCUAUGCAAGAUGGGAUUGAUCCAACAAGCCAUGGAACUGAUGAGAGCAAUGUCUAGCCAGGGGAUCAUUCCCGACCUUAUAACAUACACGACUCUCAUCACCAAUUUUGUUGAGACUUGUGGCUCCGAGGAUGUAAUUGAGUUACAUGGUUAUAUGAUGCUUAAAGGAGCAGUUCCUGAUAGGAAAACAUACCGGUCUUUUGUAAGCCCCUGCCUUCAAGAACACACUGAGAGGUAGCCCCGCAUAGCACGAUUGGAACAUACCUACAGAUUGCAGCAGUAGGAUGAAAUAUUACAUUUUUUGCUUCAGAACGAACUGUAUUAUAUAAUAAAUGCUAGUGUUCCCCCCAUAAAUUGUUAAAUCGAUCAAAUGUAAAUUAUUACUUGUAAAUUUAACUUUGUCAGUUGUAAAUUCAUUUGCCUUUUCAAGUAUAAAAAAUAUAUUUAUUGUUCUGAA